AACAAGACUUAAGAGUGUUAUGGCAAUCCCACACCUCCAGUGGUCUCCAGGAGUAGCGGAGGAUGCAAAAACCACCCCAACCAAGAAUCCUUCAAUAAUUCAAUACGAGAUUAUGAUCACAAUGACUAAGUCAGAAGGAGAAGAAGACGUGGAAGCCAAACCCACAGCCGGCUGCGGUGAGCAAAGCUCGCCUUGCCACUCAUCUGGGAAGGCAGCACUUUCUCUGGGGGUUGCUGAAUUAGAGAAAACAGAGGGACAACGUCACCAGAAACCAGCCAGACCGGCUUCUCGGUUGUCAGCGUGCAAGGAAUUCCAAGACUUCAACAGGUUGCAUGAGGUGGAAACCUGUCAGGUGUGCAGUUUGAUAGCAACUCCUGCCACGGAGAGCCCUACAGUUCUGCGGGGACUGGAGAGCAGCCCAAGGGAAGGAGCGCAGCGGAACAGAGCCGAUCCUGGGCAUUCACAGAAUGGCACCUUGGUGGAAGGGAAAGGCGAUAUAGCAUUGGAGACCUCGGCCAAUAGCGAAACCGAAGAAGCUUCUCGGGAAGGCAACGGUAACCAACUUCAGCCUCAAAGUGAGGCUGCCCCUGAAAGAGACCUGCCUUGUCCUAAUUCCAGCAUGGAGAAAGUUGCCAGCAAUGCACGUUCCCAUCAAAGCAAGCCGGGAGAUCCUGCCUCAAGCCCUUCGCCACGAUGGAAGAAAAACCCUCCUGACUCUGUCAAGAAGACACCCUUUGGCAAAGUGUCGGCAGCCUCCCAAAGUGUCGAGGGAGAAGGUGCCAGAGCCAGCAGCCCCUCUAAAGUGUCCAAGCUGCUUGAGGCCUGGGAGAAAGGACUUGUGGGGAUGGAAACCACUGCCACUGAAACCAGGCCCUCCCGUUCUCCUGUACCUGCCAGGCGCUUACCUUCACCCCCGGAGGGUGCCCAUGUUUUUCACCCCACCAAUUUCAGGAAUUCUUUACCAUCCAACGUGUCCUCGAUGAAUGCCAAGCGAUGCCUUUCUCCAGAAAAUGCCAAGCAGUCUUUUUCUCCAACGGGGAAAAAGAAGUCCACUUUCUCGGGGGACGCCAAGCGCUCCUGUUCUCCUGACCCUCGGCUUCCUUCCGGGCCAACAGCAGAAAACCGGAGAUCCCGGUCUCCGGCAGAGAAGAGGAAGCCUCUGCCCCCAGCAGCAAAACCGCAGCUCCCUCCCCCACUCAAGGCCAAGCCAACACAGGUGCCCCGCUCACAUUCUCCAUUAAGGAGGAAAGACACCCCUUCCGGAACAGAGAAUCCCUCCUUCUCAUCCCUGGAUGGUACCCAGCACUCGUCCUCCAUGGCAGGAAACAGGUCCUCCUAUUCUGUGGCAGAGAUGCGGCGUUUGUACUCCAGAGGAAGCACCACCGUGGACACCAGGCGGCCAUUGGCCAUAGCAGUGAGGAGGAGUAAGUCUCCCUCAUCAAAUGCCAGGAGCUCACCUUCCCCAGCAGUUCCCAAGUGUUCCUCCCCCUCCUCGGACCUCAGGUCUCCACCCCUUCCUCCGGACAAUGGAUGGUUUUCCUCCUCCGCAGAUGCCAGGUGUCUUUCCCCAGCACAGAUCAACUCCUUGCCUCUUCCACCGGAUGCCCUACUCUUGGCCCCCUCAGGAGACAACGGUCCCUCCUCAUCCGCAGCAGAGGCUGAGGUCUCCCCUUCCCCAGUGGACUCCAGAAGCUUCUCUCCCAUAGCAGUGGAGGGGCGUCCCUGCUCUCCCGGCCCACAGAGAAAUUUUACUGCUCAUGGGCCUGUCUUUGCUCAAGUUUAUUCCCGACUUCCCAAGCCGAAGUGUCUGGUGGAGAAAGAAACGCAAGAUGGCGUCAGCACCAGAGUUGCUGAAUCACCUGGAGACACACACUCUCCUGCUGCUCUCCACAAUCCUGACGAUGCCGGAUUCCAGAAAGAGAGCCAGGCCACCAACACUAACGGUCCUCAGGAGCAGAAUCUGGACCUUCCUCAUGACGGCUUGAACGGAACUGUCUCCCGGAAGGAAGGCCAUACGCUAAAAGGGGACGGUUUCAAGCUGGACACUGGAUCCCUGAAGGAAACCAACUUCCCUGGGGCUUUUGCACUUCAAUCCUUAAGGGAAAGUUCUCCCAACAACAGCAGUUCUAUUUCACUCUCUAGAUCCUCAGGGAGAAACUACACAUCCUCUGCCUCGGGCCCUGCGUUUUCUGAGGAGCCUUGUGUGUUCAAGCCAGUCCCUCAGGUACUGUGUUCCACCACUGUAGCCAAAUCCCAUGCCCAGUGGUACAGCCCCAAGGGCAACAACACAGUUGUUUUUAGAGCCCAACAGCAAGUCGUUGUGCCUCAGCCCGGGUGCUCCACCGUCUACCAAGUCGGGCGAGAGGUUGUUAUGUCUGCCCCUGAAUCAGGAAACAACAGCCAGAGCCAGCGAGAUGAACCCUUUGCUCCUGGCUCCAACACCAGCACGGCGUUGGAAGAAACCUGGUCAACCCGGGCCGAUCUCCCCAAGUCCCCACAGAGAGUCCACUCCUACUUCCCCGCAUCUCGCAUCUUCUCCACACCAGAGUCACAGCCUGAGAAUGGCAUGACUCACUCUCAAAAUGCCAAUGUGGGGGAUGCCCAGAGGCCAAGGUGUGUGCCUACACCGAGCCCUGAUCGCACAUCAAACGGAGAGGCUGAUCUAGCCAGGGAGGGAGCAGUAGUUCCACUCAGCGCAGCCCAGAGAGACGGCAGCCUGCCCCGCAAUUCUGCCUCCCAGAAGCACAGCAGCAACCUGUUCGCUGGAAGCAGGUCUGAACAGGAGCCAGGCAUGCCCACUGCAGGAGGCCUAAUAACAAACAGGUCAAAUCAAGACAGCAGCUGGCUAGGCGUGGGAAAAGCCAGCCUAUCUGCCAAGAGGAGAAAUAAGUGCUCCUCGGACACCGCGGAGGAAAUUGGAAUCUCUGCUGCAUCUCAGCCAACUUCUCCGGGGGAUCCUAAAGCCAGAACGCAGGAUGAUGAACUGAAGAAAGAAAAGCAGGUGUCGGGCAAGAGCCCCCUGAUAUUUGCACUGGAAGAAGAGAGUUCCCCUGAUGGGAGCCUCUCUUCUUUCUCAUGGCCCGAACCCCCAAGUGACUUAAUAAGAAGCUUCAGCCAGAUAGGAGAAACAGAACCCGAGGAAGCAGGAGAAAUGGAGCAUUUCGUAGACACCCUCCGCAACAUGGACCCGGCUGAACUCCGGAAGCCUCCCAAAAGCCUCUCCAGGAGUUCGCGCCCUUCUACUCUGACCAAGCACACCAUCCUUCCACCUAUCGACGAGAACCACGUUGCUCCCAAGUCAAAGGCUUCUUUCCCAACACCAUUAAGCCAGCUGUUUUCUCUCACCCAGGAAAACCCGGAGGAAGGAACAGGAUCCAAGGGGGAGGAGCCAGGGCUGGCAGAAGAAGACACGGAGGAGAUCGAGAAUUCUUAUCUCACUAAUGAAGAGAAAGCACGGGAUAGCAGCGUAGCCAGGAGAUCUUCCUCUUGGGAAAGCCAGCAGUACAAGACCGAGGAAGACUUGGGGCCUUUCCUUGGGAAAUUUCAGCAAAGCCGGGAAGAUAUCAAGGCCAGCGUUAGUGACCCCAGGGCUGUAGUGAAUCGCCAGCCCAACUUGAAGAAAACCAAUGUUCUUGCAGGGAUGUCUCUUUUGUCCAACUUUGUAGACAGAAAGGUUGUGGAAGACAAGCCGUAUUCUCGUUUGGACAACAGCUUCCUUUAUAGCAAGUUCAUUUCUCCAGAAAGGGCUGAAGCCAAGGGCCUAACCAAAAGGAAAGAAAUGAGCCCGGUUAUCCAGAAAAACAGGAGCCAGGCGGCUCCAAAUGCACACCAGCAAGAUGCAGGUCAUAAGGGGUCACCGCUAACUACCCUCCAUGCUAGGCAUCACUUCCGAGCACUGGACACAGAUGGUGGCUCCAAGCAGAUUAUUCUUCUGUCCAAGGAAGCAGAAACCUUGACACAAUCAGAAAUACAGGGAGAGGAACAUACUCCUUUGAAGAUCAACAAACGCCCCAGCAAGAUCAUUUUAUACUCUGAGGCAGGCUUUGGAGGGCAGAAAAGAGAAAUCUGGAAUGAUGUCCCGGAUGCCACUUCUUGGAAACUUGGAAGCGUUGUCUACGUUCAGGUGAUCCGAGGAAGCUGGUUGAUGUAUGAAAAACCGCGAUUCCAUGGGAGGAAGUGUGUGCUGGCCGAAGGGAACAUGGAAAUCAGUAACCCCUGGAGCAUGUAUUGCAAGGAAGAGUCAGAAAAAGAGGAUGCCCCAUUUCGAAUUGGUUCUCUCAAACGGGUUGUGCAGGAUUUCAGACUCCCUGAGAUCACUCUUUUUGAAGAGGAAAAUGGCGAAGGGAAGAAACAGAGGUUCACCGAUUCUGCAGAAGAUUUACGAACAUGUGGCCAACCCUUGAAGGCAGCAUCUAUCAUUGUACACGCUGGCCUGUGGCUGGUUUAUUCAAAACCGUUCUUUGAUGAUGACCCAUAUGUCUUAGAACCUGGUGGGUAUCCCAAUUUGCAAGCCUGGGGUGCAAAGGACCCCUCCAUUUGCUCCAUGCAUCCAAUUAAACUAAGUUCUCCAGUUGUUGAAACUCCUGCAGAGCCCAAGGCUCUAAUUUUUGAGAGGCCACAUUUUCAGGGCCAUAGCUGGGAAGUAAACCGAGAUAUUUACAGCUUAAGGAAGCCAGAAAACAACCAGGAUUCCAUGAUGUCCACCGCUGGUUCUCUGAAAAUCAUAGGAGGCUGCUGGGUUGGCUAUGAGAAAGAAGGUUUUCGUGGCCAUCAGUACCUACUGGAAGAAGGAGAGUACUGCGACUGGACAGAUUGGGCUGGCUAUAAUGAAGACCUGUUGUCGCUGAGGCUGAUCCGGACAGACUUUGUGGAUCCAGCCAUUGUACUAUUUGAAGCCAUGGAUUUUGAAGAUGGCCCCAGUGUUGAGCUGAGUGAGGCCCUGCCAGAUGUUGAGCUGGCCAACUACGGGAUCAUAACACAGUCCAUCCACGUCCUGAAUGGAGUGUGGGUAGCCUAUGAAGGCAAGAAUUUCAGUGGGAAACAAUACAUUUUGGAGAAAGGAGUAUAUCGCAACUGUGAAGACUGGGGAGCAAACAGUUGCCAGAUUUCCUCUGUGCAACCUGUCCUACAGGUUGGGGAACACAGCCUGUUCUUCAUUUCUAAGAUCCAACUUUUCCCAGAGCCUGAUUUCUCGGGGAACUCCGUGACUUUUAAGGAGGACCAAGCAACUCUUCCAGAGAACUUCAUCCCCCAUUCCUGUAGGGUCAGUGGAGGCAGCUGGAUUCUUUAUGAUGGCCACCAGUUUGAUGGUGAGCAGCACAUCCUUUCAGAAGGCGAGUAUCCAACACUGAGCUCCAUGGGUUGUGCCUUCACCCCAGCUAUCUGCUCUCUGAAGAAGAUCCCUAUUUUCUUCUCUGAGCCUUCCAUCUUUCUGCAUGGAUUGGAGUGUUUCGAAGGGAAAGAGAUUGAGUUGAAUAGUGAAGUACGCAGUUUGAAAGCUGAAGGGUUCAAUAAUCACGUGCUCUCUGUUCGAGUAAAGGGUGGGAUCUGGGUGCUGUGCGAACACAGUGACUUCCGAGGCCGUCAGUGGGUUUUAGAAUGCAUAGAGAUCACCAACUGGCCGACAUACAGUGGGGUUCAACAUAUUGGCUCCCUGUAUCCCAUCAAGCAGAGAAGGGUCUAUUUCCGAAUAAAAAAUCAAGAGUUGAAGUCCUUCCUGUCUGUGCCCGAUGAUGUUGAAGACAUGAAAGCUGGACGAGUUCUGGUUUCGGAGAUCAGUGACCAGAACAGCAGCAUCUGGUACUAUGAAGAGGGACUUAUAAAGAACCAUGUUGCACCCAAUAUGAGUCUCCAGGUGAUUGGUGCAGCUGCAAAGGGCACCAAAGUGGUGUUAUGGUCUGAGAGUCGAAUGCCUCGGCAGACAUGGAGAAUUGAUUCAUCUGGGAGAAUAUGCAGCCAGAUGUUUGAAGAUAAAGUUCUAGAUGUGAAAGGAGGCAGAACUUAUGACCGGGAUCACGCUGUCCUCUGGGAAUCCUCUGAAGAGAGACCCACACAGAUUUGGGAUGUUCAAGUGCUGUGAAGAAGGCAGUGAAGAGAUCAGGAGCCAGACAGGAGCUUGCCUUGCAAGUCAUGUUUGGGUUGGAAAAGACUGACCAUGUUUUUGGUCAAGCUAAGCCAACUGUCUGAAAAAAGAUCUGUUUGAUGACACAGAUCUGAGACUGACUUCCUCAGUCGGUUUGCACUGGACAUUUUCUUCCUUUUAUGCUUUUUUUUUAAUAUUUAGCUGCCCAGAGUGAUGCUUUCCAAAGUACAGAUUAUUGCACAAUUCGAAGAGGUGAGUUAUUCACCGUUGACAGGGCUGGGACUCAAAUAGGAAGAGUAUCCCAGCUGGAUUGGAUAUUUAAAGAGAAAUUCAAUUAACAUAAAAACAUAUACAUAUAUACAUAUAUAUAUAGGCAUGCACAAUCAUGCUUGUGCCUUUUACUCUUUUUUUUUCCUAAGGGAAAGGCCUUCCUACCUUUUAAAAAAUCUAUUUAUGUAUCUAUGUACCAUAAGAUGCUUUUGUAAACUUAUCUCUCUCUGGUGAAUUUGUUUGAUUCUCUUAUUUCCCACUGAAAUAAGCUCCAGGCAUUUGAUGAGUAUGGAAAUAUACAGGAUUAUGAAAAAGGUUAGGCACUUUGUAGCAUCUCC